CUGACUUUGAGGCAACAGCGCAACCCAGCCUGUAUGUUCAAUCAUCAGAAAUGAUUUGAACUCUGCCUGGAAGAUUAACAUCAUCAUCUACCCUGGUGCAGAGUGCAGAGGUACGUUUAGGAAAUGAAGGACCAGAAGCAGGAGGCCUACUGGCAGGAGACAGGUCGAUGGGGGGGCUAUGAGGAGAGCUUUGACCCCCAGUCUGGUGUUUGGGCGUCCUCACAUGUCUCCUACCUCACCCUUAAGAGCCUCAUCCAGCUGCGACGCACCAUGAACACAGGUGUGGCUAUGUUUGACAGUGAUGAGCGGACCCUGGCCAGCAUUGCAGAGAAGUUGGUCAAUGAGAUGGUGAACAAGAAAGAGAUCCGACCUGGAGAUCGGGAAGGGGUGCUGAACUCUUUGAUUCAAAACCGCAGCCAAUCAGACCCAGAGAGCCAAGCUCUGACUGAAGGGGCUGACCUGAAGAAGUUCUCCGUCAAGGAAAGGAGGGAUGAAUCUGACCGUGUUGAGGCCUCUAUGGUGCUUGUAGGAGCUCUGGACUUUCUAGAAAGACCCUCAGUUGCAUUUGUGCGUCUGAAGGAGGCAGUUGUACUUGACUCUGCCUUGGAAGCUCCAGUGCCUGUUCGCUUUGUGUUUGUCUUGGUCGGCCCCAGCAAGACAGACAUGGACUACCAUGAGACUGGCCGUGCUAUGGCAGCUCUGAUGGCUGACAAAGUGUUCAACCAGGCAGCGUUACAGGCAAAGACCCCCCGAGAGCUGACUGAUGCUGUGGUCGACUUCAUGGACUGCAGUAUCGUCAUCCCACCUACAGAGAUCCAGAAUGAAGCAAUGCUUUCAUCGAUUAUCAGCUUUCAGAAGAAACUACUUCAGGACAGAUUGCGGCCCUCCGAUACGUCUGGCCGCCUGGACUCCAAACCACGCAAGGUUUCCAUUUCUUCUGGGCCUUCUUCUGAAGAUCCCCUGUGUCGCACAGGCCGACCAUUUGGUGGAAUGAUGAAAGACAUAAAGAGGCGUUACCAGUAUUACAAGAGUGACAUCACAGAUGCUCUUAACGCACAAGUCCUUGCUGCCAUCAUUUUUAUCUACUUUGCAGCCUUGUCUCCUGCCAUCACCUUCGGAGGACUUCUGGCUGAUAAGGUGGAAAACAUGAUGGGUGUUCCAGAGCUCCUCAUCUCCACCAGCAUUCAGGGGAUCAUCUUCUGCUUUGUUGCAGCUCAGCCCGUCUUGGUCAUUGGUUUCUCUGGUCCUCUGUUAGUGUUUGAGGAGGCCUUCUUUGCUUUUUGCAAGUCACAGGACAUUGAGUAUAUCGUGGGCAGAGUGUGGGUUGGAGUGUGGCUGGUCAUCAUUGUGGUUGUCAUUGUUGCCUUCGAGGGCAGCUUCCUUGUGCGCUUCAUCUCCCGAUUCACCCAAGAAAUCUUCUCCAUCCUCAUCUCCCUCAUCUUCAUUUACGAAACCUUUGCCAAGCUGGGAAGGAUCUUCAACUCUCAUCCACUGAUCCUGAAUUACGAUCACGUAAAUGCUACCAUAGAAAAUCCAUGGCACCCAAGAGUGGAAGAGACAGUCAUUUACGACAAUGCUACGGGAAACACAACUAUUAUUAUCAACACAAUAAAGCCGCCUUAUCCCAACACAGCCCUUCUCUCCAUGUGCCUCAUGUUAGGCUGCUUCUUCAUCGCUUAUUUCCUUCGCCAGUUCAAAAAUGGCACUUUUCUUCCUGGAAAGGUCAGACGUUUGAUCGGUGACUUUGGUGUGCCUAUUUCCAUCUUCCUCAUGGUUGUUAUAGACUACAACAUUGAGGAUACCUAUACUCAGAAAUUAGUGGUCCCCAAAGGUCUGCUGGUGUCCAACCCAGCCAAAAGAGGCUGGCUUAUCAACCCCUUUGGAGAGCACCAGACCUUUCCUGUGUGGGUAAUGUUUGCCUGCUGUGUCCCAGCCAUGCUCGUCUUCAUCCUGAUCUUCCUGGAGUCUCAGAUCACAACUCUGAUUGUGAGUAAACCUGAGAGGAAAAUGGUCAAAGGAUCUGGCUUCCACUUUGACUUACUGGUUUUAGUCGGCAUGGGAGGACUCGGUGCAAUAUUCGGUGUGCCAUGGCUCAGUGCUGCCACAGUGCGAUCUGUCACCCAUGCCAAUGCACUCACGGUGAUGACUAAAGGACCAAAACCUGUGAUUGAGAAGGUGAUGGAGCAGAGGAUCAGUGGCAUUGUAGUGGCAUUACUGGUUGGUCUGUCCAUCCUAAUGGAGCCAAUCCUAAAGAUGAUCCCGAUGUCAGCCUUGUUCGGGAUCUUUCUGUACAUGGGAGUUACAUCACUCAACGGCAUUCAGCUGUGGGAUCGAAUGCUGCUUCUGCUCAUUCCUAAAAAAUACCACCCUGAUGAGCCCUACGCCACCAGAGUUAGCACUGGACGAAUGCACCUGUUCACAGCCAUCCAGAUUGUGUGCCUUGCACUUUUGUGGAUUGUGAAGUCCAGCCCAGUAUCCCUUGCACUUCCCUUCAUACUCAUCCUCACCAUCCCCCUGCGCAUGUUUAUGACCGGCCGCUUCUUCACUGAACUGGAGAUGAAAUGCCUGGAUGCCGAUGACGCCAAAGUGACAUUUGAGGAGGAGCCAGGGCAGGACGUAUACUGUGAAUCUCAGAUGCCAUUAUAAGAUAGGCAUCUUUUAUGACAACUGCAGCUACAUUUUAUUUAAACAAAAAAGAUAUUUAUUUUAUAUGUUGCACAAGUCAUCCACCUUGGUGGAAAAACAUGUUUCGAGCAGUUUCUUCAUAUAGAAUGCAAAGAUUUUUGUGGUAUCAAUAAAGAUAGAAUUAAUAAUUUAUUUUAAAAAAAUGUGGCUGAACCUUCCUGAAGAGUAUUUAUAAAUCACUCAGGUAGAUUAUUUCCAUUAAGUUGUUUUGGUCCCAAAACUUUUGCCUCACUCAUUUCUAAAGCUACACAUAUUCAUAUGAUAUUGGUGAGUUUUUAAAGUCUAUGCAAACGUUUUUUUUAAUUAUUUAAAACAGAUGAAAUGAAAUGAAUAAGUUAUGUAAUAAUUGAAUGCUCAGUAGAAAAAUAUUGUGGUCAAACAUAUGUCUAAUUGAUAACAUUGCAUAUAAUCAUGUAGCAAGUGCACAGUUGUUGUACUCCCUUAAUGUGAGUGAAGAUAUUUAAGCUAAAACGAUCAAAUUCAAAACACUGGAGAGCAAAAGCACAACAACACAAGAAGUAAAAUGUCAAAAUGUUUUGGUGGUAUUAAAAUUCAUACUGUGUGUUAUUAUAUUGCUGUCUAAUUGUUGUCUCCCUAUGAAUUAA